AAACAUGGAGAUAAUGCAGCAAGCUCUUCAAAUUUUCUAUGCCAUAUCGGGGUUAAAGAUAAAUUUACUCAAAUCUUCGGUGUUUGGGAUUGGAGUGGAUCGUGACGAAGUAGAGGGUCUUGGUCGACACUUUGGGUGCAAAGCAGACUCGUUACCAAUGGCCAUGAGCUAUCUUGGCAUCCCAGUAGGCGCGCGAAUGAACCGUAUCAAGGAAUGGAAACCUCUGUUUAACAAACUCUCCAAACGUUUAGCAGGGUGGAAUGCAAAGCUUUUAUCAAUUGGGGGGCGUCUCACCUUGUUAUCCGCCGUUUUGGGCUCUUUAGAUUGUUGGAAGUGGAGUUUGGAAGGUAAACACAUAUUCACGGUUAGGAAUGUCCGACAUUACAUUGACCGUACAUCUUUGACGGUGUCUUCACCUCCAACAAGGUGGAAUCCUCUUAUACCCAAAAAGGUUAAUAUGUUCAUCUGGAGGCUCCUUAGAAAUGCAAUUCCAACUAGAAUGAAUUUAUUUGCUCGGGGUAUUGACGUCAAUACUUUCAUGUGUGUCCUUUGUACUGCUGGAAUCGACUUUAAUGAUCAUCUAUUUGGUUCUUGCUCUUUUAGUAUUCAGGUAUGGAAGAAGUUAAGGUCUUGGUUACAAAUUGAUGAUCUCUCAUUGGCUCUCCCUCAUCAGAUGAUGGCAUGGCUGGAUACUUACCAUAAGGAAAUUCUUGAGGCCAUAUUCUUUCUUUGGUGGUGGUGUUUUUGGAAACAUCGAAAUAAUUUGGUUUUUGAAAAAGAGGCGACAUCAAGCAAAAACGUUUUUAGCCCAAUUGUAUCUUUAUCAUUCUUAUGGAUGUCAUCUCGUUGUAAAAGUACUAUUUUUUCGUGGCCACUAUGGCGUAUUAGUCCUAGACACUUGAUGUAAUUCUAGUAUAC